AUGAGUGGUCAAAAACUUCCGAUAACUAUAUUGGCAAGAUUGGGACAUUCCAUUGCAUAUGACGCAGUCAAUGAAAUCGAGACUGCUCAGGCUGAGCUGGUGGCGCACUGCCAAUCUGUGUGUCUAAACUUACCUCUUCAACCAGCAGCACAAGGUUCCAAAGUAAGUAUUUACUAUUUCCGUUUUUACAACGAUUGAAAGUAAACUCGAAAAUAACAUGAAAAUUAAGCUGCUUAUUUUUUUAUUCUUGAAGGUAUCAACGAUAUUCUGGUGGGAUAACUUUGAUCGCAAUGUUGAGACUGCAUCUGGUGCUGGUUCAAUUCAUAAUACACCAGGCAUAGUGUUUCAGGAGCAUUCUGCUGCAGCUGUAAUGAGACAAGAGGAUAUAACUAUUCCCAAAUCAAAGAAGCGAUCGAUCGUUGUCUCCAGCGACAAUGUUGAUAAACGAGUAGCAGUCAACCGAAAAGCAGAACCACCAUCAUUUGCUGAAGAACAGACCAGACCAGCUCUUUCUGAUGCAGAGAUGUUUUGUUCAAAGCUGCUAGUGUUAUGGAAAUCAGUGCGAUAUCUAAACUCUGCCAAUCAGACAAAACCUAGGUUCGUGGGUUGGAUUGUGCGUCGUUUUCAGCAAGCUCAUAGCAAAGCAACACUGAUGACAUACUUGCCUCCUAUUUCUUCCCCAAUAACCUAAUACUCCACCAUCGUAGAAAUGUUCCAUCAAUCUAGACAGCUAGCGAAGCAAUCCAACAUGUCUUACACUCAUAUUACUCUCGACGUGGGAGCUGCAAUCAAGGCUUUUCAUGUGGUUUGGAACAAUCCAGAUGCGUGGUCCGACAUUAUAAUUCAUCAAGGGUAUUUUCAUGCAAUAAUGGCCUUUUUUGCGGUUAUUGGGCGUUUCGUGGAGGGUAGUGGAUUCGAAGAUGUGUUAUUUCAAGCGGGUCUGUGUAGCUCUGGAAGCAUUACCGGAGUGAUGAGUGGAAAGCACUACAAUCGGUGUUGGCUUGUUCACGAAGCUUUUUCCGAAGCAUUGGAAAGGCUCUUUAUAGAACAAUAUUUACCAACCAUACCAGAGAAAGUUGAGGAGUUCGCCCAAAGUGACCCCGCACAAGAAACAAGUUUAACGAACAUUCUUAACGCUGACACUGGUAAAGAAUAUGUCAAGCAAUGCCAAGCACAAAAAAACAAAUGUUUGAACGGAGAAUUUGGAAAAACACCCCAGUAUUGGGCAAAAUAUAUGGAGAUCGUCAGCAGAAAUUGCACUUUUCCAUCAAUACCAAUGAUUAUGAUCUGAGAAUGCUCAUUUGGAAAAAAUCUUUGCCUUUGUGCUUCGCUACCAAUCGGGUUCAUUAUGCUCGCUAUGGCACAUAUUAUGUCGGUGGCUUAGAAUGUAUUGACAGCACUCACCCAGGAGCAAGACAGGAGAUCGAAGAUCUUGGUUUGUCCGUGCGGAGAAAUCAACUUGGCAUAGGACAGGCAAUCGACAUGGCAGGCGAACAAAGUUACAUGAGAAACGCAAAGACUGCGGGUAAUUUCAUUUUUAUGUAUUAAAACAUCUGUUGUAUUAAUGCGAUGCAUCUUCUUAAACAAUCUUUCCUUACAGAAGACGAACGCCAUAGUUAUAUGCUUCAGAUGUAUUACUAUUCUCUUUGUUUUUCAGGUGGAGUCACGCAGUUUGCUGCAAAAGAAAAUACUGUUGCAAAGUGGGUCAUGAAUAGACCAUAUCAAACCAAGUUUGUCGAAUCGUUACUGAAGCUAUCAGGAAUGUCCACUACAACGUCAAAUCCACGAAAAUGUCGACGAAGCAGUGAAAUUCUAAAGUCGAAUAAGAUGGUGGAAAAAUAA